GGCUAAAAACGGAUAGCAACGGGACACGAGCGCAACUAUCCAUCCAUCCCCAGCGGACAAGGCGAGGCAGGGGCAGGCCGCCACCCCCGUCGGCAUCCGCCCAGCCAUCCAGAAGCGCCAAAGCUGCCAACGCCAACGCGACGGGAGAUAAGAGGAGGAGAGAAGAGGCCGCCGCGGCGCCGAGCCCUCGUGUCGUCGUGCAGCCCCGCUCCCACCCGGCCACGCCCCCCACUUUCCCCCCCGUGAUCCGCCCGUGGGAUCUCCCGCCCGCCCGCCAGGAUCAAGCCGCGGCCCGAGUCUGCCAUGGGGAUCCCUCGCUGAUCGCGGCGCGUAGGCAGGCGGGCACCGCAGGAGGAGGAAGAGGGAGGAGGGAGGGGGACGGGGGAGGGCAGCGCCGCAUGGAGCAGAAUGGCGGCUCCUUCCUCGCCGUGCGCCGGCUCUCCGGCCACCACCACCCAUCGCCGGCGGAUGUCGUGUCCGGGUCGACGGCGUGGAUCGGGAGGGGAUUCUCCUGCGUCUGCGUGCAGAGGAGGGACAGCGACACGCGCAUUUCCUUCGAUCUGACCCCCAUUCAGGAAGAGUGCCUACAAAGAUUACAGAACCGGAUUGAGGUGCCUUAUGAUAGUCAAAAUAGAGAACAUCAGGAAGCACUCAAAGCCCUUUGGCAUGCUUCUUUUCCUGGGACUGAACUUCUAGGACUAGUAUCAGAUCAAUGGAAGGAGAUGGGAUGGCAAGGGAAAGAUCCAUCCACAGAUUUCAGGGGUGGUGGCUUUAUCUCUUUGGAGAAUUUACUUUACUUCGCUAAGAACUAUCCAAAAUCCUUCGAGGAGCUCCUUUGUAAGCAAAAUGGUGACAGAGCAUUAUGGGAAUAUCCAUUUGCUGUAGCUGGAGUAAAUAUUACAUUUAUGCUCAUUCAGAUGCUUGAUCUUCAAGCAGCUAAGCCAAGGUCUUUGAUUGGAGCAGUGUUCCUAAAUCUACUUAUAGAAAACGAUCGAGCUUUUGAUAUUCUUUACUGCAUAACCUUUAAGCUGAUGGAUCGGAAAUGGCUUGAAAUGCACGCCACAUAUAUGGAUUUCAAUACUGUUAUUAAAUCCACACGCCGCCAGCUUGAGAGAGAGCUAUUACUUGAAGAUAUUCAGCAAAUUGAGGACAUGCCGUCAUACAGUUUUCUCGCCCGUUAGCAACUGAAGUCUUGCCUAACAUCGCCACGUGUAGUAAAGUUCUUGACACAUGCUUCUAAAGAGUGGAAUGUAGGAAUCAGGGACUCGUGCUUGUGUGGUUUUUGCUAUCGUGCUUAGGUACUCUGAUAUCCUGAGCGCAUGUUUGGGUCUUCUUGGAUCUGACCUCUAGAGUAACUGGCUACCUGAACAGCAGUUGGGCCAUGCUAGUGCCGGUAGGAUGUACUUUCGGAAACAAUUUGUCCUGGCGCGGAGUCUUCGUGCUAGGAAUAUACGUAGUAAGUUCUGAAACUCCUCAGUACUCAAGACAGCUUUGUAGCCAAGUGCAUAAAUGAUAUUGGUGCACUCUCGUUUUGCACUAAACACACGUUUUGUGUGAUUUAUCCA